AUGAGGAAUGGAUUGAUACACACCUUAUACCCUCCAUACUCCACCAGCGAGCUGCUGCGCUUCCUUGGUGAGUUCCUGUGUCGUCACUGCUACCGGCUACUGAACCUGUCCCCAACGACCUAGGGCUGUGGCUGCAGAGCGUGGAACGCUUCCUGCUCGACCACGAUUGGGGGAAUCAGAACAUCCUCAGCCCAGCCAACGUGGUGUUUGUCUACAUGCUGUGCCGCAAGGUGGUCUCCUCCGAGGCAGCCACCGAGCACCAGCUGCAGGCUGUGGUGAUCACCUGCCUCUACCUGACCUGCUCCUACAUGGGCAACGAGACCUCCUACCCACUGAGACCCUUCCUGGUGGAGAGCUCCAGGGAGAUCUUCUGGGAGCGCUGCCUGUCCAUCAUCAACCUAAUGAGAGCCAACAUGCUCCAGAUGAACAUGGACCUGCAUUAUUUCUUCCAGCUGUUUGCUGACCUGAAGAACGAGAGCCAGAAAAAGAUGA